AUGACCCCCUGCUCCCCUUCAAUCCGCGUGGUGGCGGAUAUGUUGGUAUUGUUCACAAUGCAUGUGUUCGAAUUCCGAGAGUGCAUGCGCAUGAUGUUCGCCGCCCUGUCGCAUUCGCAGGCUGAUUUUUACCAAUUCGGCUUCCACUUGGGGUCAGGGCUGGAAAAAAUAUUGCCCCUGGUCCGGUUGCCGCCUAAGAAGUCCGACUUGCGCGAGGUCACCCGUGGCCUGGUACAUGCGUUCACGGACACCCGCGAGGUCGACAGUGGAGCGGUGAGCCGUAUUCUGAACGACGGUCUCAGCAGCCCCUUCGAUUCGGACAAUUGCAACGCGUCAGAGAGAUGCCUCGACUACGUGCAGAAACAGUUGGAGGAGGUGUAUGGGCCGCUGCUUGACAUAACGAUGGGAUCACUCUUGAACUACACCUGCUACAAGAAACUGAUCAUGCUCGACUCGAGGGAGUGUUGGCAGCGUGCAGCGACAGGGCUCGCUUCUUUGAGCAGCUCCCUCUUCAACAUGUAUACGCUCAUUCCGGACCUGAGGAAGGCCGCCUGUCCGUCCCGCUUCAUAGAGGCCACUCGGCGCUUCGACAGCAAGGCCAACAUCACGCUCGACCUCAUCACCAACAUUGUCCUGCACGCGUCCGAGUUGGAGAUGGCCAUGCGGGAGUGCACCGAGCUCUUCCUCAAGAACCACCUGUACCACUUCGGCUACCACCUGGGCGUGGUGCUCGACCAAUCCACGGAACCCUCGUUCUACAGGUUCCAGCAGCUCAGCUUCCCUGUGUCCCAGCACUCGUUGUUGGAACAGGUCCUGUACCUGGCCUUCCUCAAGUCCCUGAUCGCGGCCUGUGCGGCAUGUCCGCUCCUGCUGUUGUUCUGCUCCGCGUGCUACGGGCGGCCUGCGAAGUAUCAGGAGAUCGCCAUCGCCAGCGAGGAGGACGGGGCCCCCUUGGCGUUUACUUUCGAGUUCUUCGGGGGGCAACUGGAGCUGGGCUCCGAGAUCGAGCUCCUGAUCGAGACCAGGGAGGAGGCGCCAGAGCAAGUCCCGUUCGAAGAAUGCGCCCGUCCACAGCGAGGCAAUGUGUCGAAAACGAAGUACUUGCACUGCACAGCGCUCAAAAUCCGGGAGUGCGCGUCGUACUGCAUGCUCUUGACGCUGACCAACGAGCUGCCGGAGAUGAGCCGGAGCAAGACGUGCGCGUACACGAUCCUCGGCAUGGCCGCGCCGUGCCUCGCGGGCGGGGCGCGCCGGUGGAAGCUGCAGACUUUUUCUAGGAGGCAGGGCGAGUGGCAGGAGGAGAAAUUGCCGCAGCAUGUCGGCUUGCACUUCUCGUCCUGGCUGAAGAGGACGCUGCCGCAGCUCAUGUGGCCAGUCGACGCCAGCGCGAUCUCCUCCUCGUCUGAGGACGACUCGAUGACCUCGUCAGAAGACACGGAGAUUGGCCAAGAUGGAGGGCGCGACGUGCUGAUGGUGGACGGGGAGAUCAUGUUCAAGCCGCCCAGCCACCGCCACAGGACGCCGGCCAGCGCGGGAGGUUUCCCCAAGGCGAGUGCGAGCUCCCCCUCGGCGUCGCCGAAGAGCCCCGAGGAGGACGACUGUCGCCCUGGCGUGGAGGCGAAGUUCUUCCUUGACAACGAGCACGUCCGGCCUCCCGUGCUGGACAGACCCGUCUCCACAAUGCUCUCGGCGAGCCACCUGCAAGGGGCAGUCCUGCGGGUGAGGCCGCAAGAGCCCAUGCGGGAAUGCUGCGACGUGCUGCUGCUCGCCAGCGCCUUUGCGCAGUUCGCCCUGUCCGGGUACCAGUUGCUGGUGCUCCUGUUGGUGCAUUUGCCCGUGGUCUUUCGUGGGGAGAUGUUGACUCUCUGGUUCCAUUGGGACCGCUGCGUCGUGGCGCUGCUCGUCAUCCACAAGAAGCUGCACGCCCGGUGGUACAGGGAGGAGAACUUGGACCGGAGCAUGCAGCUGAGGACUCGCCGGGAAAGAGGCUUCGGUUGCUGCGGCGCGAUGCAAAGGACUCCGACGGUUGUCCCCCUGACGACGCCCGCACCGUCCACCACGGCGAGGCGAAAGCCUCUGCCGAGCAUGGCGAUGUGCCUCCUGGCAUACCGGUUGCGCUACCACGUCGGCGCCGGGGACCGCGUCCGCGUGAAGGACUCCCGACACCGCCGAUCGGGCCAGUCGGGCGUGCUGCUGGACUCGGCGCUCAACCACGAGAGGCGGCUCGGCGUGGCCUUCGGGAGCGAGACCGACUGGCUGGAGCGGUCCAGCCUGUCAUUGGAGGAGCGCGCAGACCACGCGCCCAUGUGGCACGACCGGCUGACGGGCGUCCUGGUGUCCAGCACCCUCGCGCUGUGGAGCACGAGCCUGCUGCUGCUCCUGCUGUGCGGGGGCGCCCUGUCGGACAGCGAAGGUGGCCUCUUGUGGAGCCUUCAGUCUGACAGGGACCCCUGGCAAUGGAGCCUGGGCUUCCUGAUCCUCGUGCAGUGCGUCUGCAUAUUCAUCGAGGCUUCCAUGCGUGUCACCCAGUGGUGCUUGCUCACCUGCUCCCAGGCAAUGAUCUACAGGUAG